AAGUGAUGCUUUCCACUGCAGCUCCUCUGAUUCAGACCGACUCGCCAACAUGUCGUUCAGCUCCAGAUCCUACAGCGGCUCCACGACCCACAAGACCAUCAGCGUCUACGGCGGAGCAGGAGGUUAUGGCACUCGCUUCUCCUCUGCUCAUGGCGGCUCUGGGGCUUAUGUGGGAAGCUUGGGCAACGUCAGCGGGCUGGACCUCCGCGUAGACGCCAACGAGAAGGCCACCCUGCAGAACCUGAACUACCGUCUGUCAUCCUACCUGCAGAAGGUCCACAAGCUGGAGAAGGAGAACAACCAGCUGGAGAAGCAGAUCAGAGAGUGGUACGAGAGCAGAACUGUGGUGGCCCAUGACCACAGCCACUACUUCGCCACCAUCAAGGAGCUGCAGGAGCAGAUCCAAGCUGCCUCUUUGCGCAACGCUAAAGCUGUCCUGAGCAUCGACAACGCCAAACUGGCUGCUGACGAUUUUAAGAUGAAGUUUGAGAACGAGGUCAGCCUGAGGCAGGCUGUAGAGGGCGACAUCGCUGGACUCAAGAGGGUGCUGGAUGAGUUGAAUCUGCUCCGAAUGGAUCUGGAGAGUCAGUACGAGUCCCUGAAAGAAGAGCUCAUCAUGUUGAAGAAGAACCAUGAGGAGGAGCUGCUGCUGCUGAGGACCCAGGUGGGCGGCCAGGUGAACGUGUCCGUAGACGCUGCUUCCUCUGUCGACCUGAACCAGGUCAUGUCAGAGAUCAGGGAGCACUACGAGGCUCUGAUCGCUAAGAGCCGAAAGGACCUGGAGCUUUGGUAUCAGAACAAGGUUACAGUCGUGGAGCAGGAGGUGAAGGUUACUUCGGACACUCUUAUGAUGUCAACCACGGAGAUUAAAGACCUGAAGACCACCCUCCAGAGGCUGGAGAUUGAACUGCAGUCUAGUCUCAGUAUGAAAGCAUCUCUGGAGGGAAGCCUGGCAGAGAUUCAGGCACGCUUCUCUGCACAACUAGCAAGCCUCCAGGCCAAGGUCACGAGCCUGGAGACUCAGAUAUCCCAGAUCAACGCCAGCAUCUCCAUCAACAAGGACGAGUACAGCAUGCUUCUGGACCUGAAGACCCGUCUGGAGCAGGAGAUCGCUGAGUACAGGAGGCUGCUGGAUGGGGAAGAUGAGAGCUCAAAACACGUCAUCACAAAGGUGAUCACGGUGCAGGAGACCGUCGUGGACGGAAAGGUGGUUCAGACCAGUAAGCGUGUUAAUGUGGAUGUGGAUUAGGUCCAGCGAAGAUCUGAAAAACAUUAACAAAGUGAAUAAAGAUGCUGCAGCUGA